GUGGACGGCGUUGACCUAGACGAUUGGAGGAGCCCAACCGAGUCGGAAAUCAUGUUUCGUUUGAGUCUGCUGUUUGUGGUCGCGUGUGCCGUGGCCGUCCUGGGCGGUUCGCUGCCCGCGGAGUACCUUGAGUGGGAGGGACGCAUCGUCGGCGGUUCGAACGCUGGUUCCGGCCAGUUCCCGUACCAGGUUUCGCUGCGAUCGGGUGCCAACGCUCACUUCUGCGGAGGAUCGGUCAUCAACAACCGGUAUGCCCUGUCGGCGGCUCACUGCACCGUUGGACGUACCACGGCCAACACUCGCGUCGUCGUCGGAACUCACCUGCUGAACAGCGGUGGUAUCUCACACCAGGUUCAGCGUAUCGUGAACCACGGUUCGUACAACGCCAACACCCUGGCCAACGACGUGUCUCUCGUGCAGACCGCUUCCGUGAUCACCUUCACCAACCUGGUUCAGCCGAUCGGUCUGUCUGCCACCUUCAUCAACACCGCUAGCGGAGCUCUGGCCUCCGGUUGGGGUCAGCUGGGUGCCAACGCCGGAAUCCCGAACAACCUGCAGUGGCUGAGCACGAACAUCAUCACGCUGGCCGAUUGCCGCAACCGUCACUCGGUGGCCAACGCUGCCCGUGUCUUUGACCACAAGAUCUGUACGCUGAGCCCGGCCGGCCAGGGAAUGUGCAUGGGAGAUUCCGGCGGUCCGCUGGUCCAUGGUGGACAGCAGCAGGGUAUCGUUUCGUGGGGUAUCCCCUGCGGACUCGGCGCUCCGGAUGUGUUCGACCGCGUGUCGUCGCACCGUGCCUGGAUUCUGGCCAACGCUGUCUAAAUCGGAAUGAGUUUAGGUCUUUCGCAAUAAAGUGAUACAAUUUUUGUUUUAUGAAAAA